UUCUUUUGAAGAGAUAUAUAUUUAUUUAAUAAAGUUUAACACUUAGAGAAAUGGCUGAAGAAGAGCUCAAUUUCAAAGAGUCCAUGAAGACCAUUACCAAAUUUAUUGACAAUCUCUAUGUCUUUUUCGAAACAGGAGAGAUGAAGAAAGAACAUUCCCCAUUUGUAGAAUGCUACACAAUUGUUUAUAAGCUCGCAGAUCACAAGGACCAUGCUUCUGAGUUAUAUGAAUUCCAUAAGAAGACCAUGAGGAACCAUCUGAAAGAUGCUUGUAUUAAGAUUGGAGAUUUACAGAGUGAGCCCUUGCUCAGAGAGUAUAUCAGACAGCUGGACAACUUCACUAUCCUCGCAAGAUGGCUCUCAAAGGUGUUCAAUUAUAUUGACAGGUACUAUCUGAUGUUCAAUCAGCUGGAUUCCACCUCCCUGGUUUCUUUGAAGACCUUCAGAGAGGUUGUCUUCACUGACAUCAGGAAGAAGCUUCUUGAUGCUCUGAUGGAUGAAGUCACUAAGCACAGAGAACUUGAAGAUGUCAACUGGGAUACCCUUCACAAGACUAUUGAGACCUUUAUCAACGUUGGUUACAAGAAAGAUGUCAAGCUCAAGAAGGUAGGAGAGAUCUUCCAAUGGACUGGAGAAAAGAACCUCCAGGAAUACGACGAAAUGUUUGAAAAAACGUUCUUAUCUAAGACUAAAGAAUACUAUUCUGUGAAAUGCAACGACUGGCUUCAAUCCCUCAACUGUCCAGAGUUCAUCAACAUUGCUCUUGAGAAGCUGGACAUGGAGGAGCAGAUUGCUGAAGAGCAUAUGGAUCCAAAGACCAAAUCUAAACUCAAGCAGACUCUUGAUGAUGUGAUAGUUGAGCAGCAUGCUCAAAAUGUUAUUAAUAAGGAGGGAACAGGAUGUAAAGAAAUGCUCAAGAACAACAAAUUAGAUGAACUCUCAAAGAUGUACACUCUCUUCUCCAGAGUCGAUUCUACUCUCAAGUAUAUUCUUCUUGAAAUGGGACCUUAUAUUGAAUCAAGAGGCCAAGUUGUGAUCAAUGAUGAGGAAUUACAGAAGGAUCCAGUAAAAUUCACCCAGAAAUUACUUGAGUUGAAGAAGGAGAUGGAUGAAAUUGUAAUGAACUGCUUUAAUAAUGACCCUAAAUUCAACCAGACUAGAGACAAGUCUUUCCUAAAUUUCAUGAAUAAGUUCUCAGAGACACCACAGUACAUGGCCGGGUACUGCGAUCAUCUUUUCAAGAGUGGAAUCAAAGGAAUGAGCGAAAGCGAGAUUGAAGAGAAUCUUGAUGCUGUCAUUAGACUGUUUAGGUGCCUUCAUAACAGAGAUAUCUUCAUUAAGGCAUACACUAAGCACCAGGCUCAAAGACUAUUGAACAAGACUUCUCUGAAUACUGAUGCUGAGCAGUCAAUGAUCUCUAAGCUAAAGAUUGAGAGUGGUUUCAAUACUAUUCAGAAAUUGUCAAGAAUGUUUACUGAUAUGGAACUCUCAAAGAACACUAUGGAAGAUUUUAAGAAAAAGAACGGUGGAACUACCGAGUUCAAAGGUGUUAAUAUCAAUGUUGAUAUCCUAACAUCAGGAAUUUGGCCAGAGCAGAAUGUACAUCCAUGUAAACUCCCAGGAGAACUGUCUCAUUGUGCACAAAAGUUUAGUUUAUUCUAUAAGGAUAAGCAUAGUGGAAGACACUUGUCGUGGUUGUAUAACUCUUGUAAUGCUAUAAUGAACACAUUGACAUUUGCAAAGACUUAUACACUUACAGUUUCUUGUUACCAAGCAGUGAUCUUAUCUUUGUUCAAUGAACACCAAAAAUUGACCGUAGGACAAGUCAAAGAGCUGAGUGGACUCCCUGAGGCAGAGCUCACCAGACAACUCAAACAAUUGUGUAACCCAAAGAUGAAGCUCAUUUCUAAAGACAAGCCAAAAGUGCCAAAGUUUACUCCUGACGAAGGGUUGGAAGUGAACCCUAAGUUCAAGUACAACCUUGUAAAGGUGAACUUCAUUCCAAAAACUGCUCAUAAGAAGAAAGACCUCAAGAAGAAGACGGAUAUUGAGAACCAAGUGGAGGAAGAGAUCAAGAGUGAAAGAGCUCUCGUCCUGGACGCCAUGAUUGUGAGAAUCAUGAAGGCAAGAAAGAAGGAAAGACACACAGAGUUGAUCACUGAGGUCAUCAAGCAGGUCUUCCUCUUCAAGCCACAACCACAGAUGAUCAAGCAGUCUAUUGAGAGACUUAUUGAGAAGGAAUACCUUGAAAGAGAUGAUAAUGACAGGCAGGUUUAUAUUUAUAUUCCAUAA